AUGGAAGAGCCUGAAGAGGGAGUCACGGCUCAACAUAGACGAGACCGUGCCGCUUAUGACAUAUGGAAGAAGAAGAAUUCCACUGCUCGCAUUACUUUGUUGAGCAGCAUGGACAAUGAUCUCAUGAAGAAGUACCGGGAUUAUGAAUUAGCAAAGGACAUAAAAUGCAAUACUGAAAAGGCUCAAGGGAAGAAGAGAAAGUUCUUCAAGAACAAUCUUGGCAAAUGGAAGAAAGGUGAAGAUAGGAGUUUUUCAAAACUCUAUGAGCGACAUGCUUAUGAUUUGUCUAAAAAGCUAUGGGACAAUGGAGGUAUUAGUGGUGUCCUUGAAUCAGUGGCAAAGUAUAACGUAGAAGCCAAAAAGAAUCAAAACAAGGAAGGGAGUAGUGAGUCUUUAGCUCUUUUCAAAGCUGAGUUGAACGAUGGAGCUAGGGAUAGGGAGAAGAUAGAUAUUGAUAAUGAUAAGAAAGGGAGCCUGAGCAGUGAAAAAGAGAUGCUUUGGUUUGAUAAGAGUGUUGGGAUGGCUAGAUUGGAGGAGCCAAAAGAGCGGAAUUGGUGGAAGAAGCUGCAAAUUGCUCAGUUGCAGUUGUUUGUGGAACGAAAUGAUUUGAUUAAGGAGCAGACUAAGUUGAUUUUGGAGGCCAUGAAAUCAUCCGGUCAUUAG